AUGAUCUUUCCACCUGCUUCUUCUUCUUCGUCAUCUUCAUCUUCCAAUGAUGAUGAUAAUGACGGUGAGGAUGGCAAAUUCAUGACCUUUGAUGUCCGUCUCAAGAAGAUGGUGACGACCUACUUUGACAAUAAUAAUGCUGAAGUUAUUGCAGUUGAAGAUGAGCAGCCUGAUGGCACUUAUUCGUACGGCAAUCUGAAGUAUUCCUUCUUGGGAGGAAUCUGUUAUGGAAUGGGCAGCACUCUUAUGGCUGGUGGCAAUAAUCAUGCCACAAGCAAACCAAAAGGCACUGCGUCCACCCUGGGACGAAUCCUCGUGCCUGGGUUUUUGGCCUUUGAAACCCAUCAUCUCAUGUCUCACUUUCUAUACAAGGGCGUCUUUCACGAAGAACGUCCCACUCGUGACUCCUCCUUUGUAAGAACGGACAAUUCCUUUGGCUACUUUGAGAAUUUUGUCAAUUACGAAUUGCAAAUUGUGGCCGGAGCUACUGCGGGGCUCUCGUACUCUCUCGCUACCUCCUUGUUGCAAUACAAGCCCAAGACGCGAGCCAUGACAUCAACCCACAUGUUGAGUUUUGCCGCUCUCUUUGGUGGAUACGAUGUCUACAGCGACGUUUUGUCGUCCGUAUUGUUGCAAAUAAAGCAAGACCAAGAAUCAAGCGCUGCAACAAAAACAACAACAACCACAGCACCCACACCCAUGACGGUGGCACUUGCCGGUGGAUGUGCCGGCAUGACCCAAGCCUGGAUCAUUGACUUUCGAAAGAUUUACAUGCGUGCUGGUGGUACUAGUAGCAACAGUAGUAAUUCUACUUUGGAGUUUGCAUCGGAUGCGGCCGCAACCCGAUAUGCUACCACUACUGCUGCUGCCGAGACGAGUGAAGCUCUUCUUACGCGUGCACGCAUGACUCGAGCCUUUCUUCCAGGUGCUGCUGCCUUUUCGGCCUAUGAAUGGUUUGGAACUCUACUUCGUCAAUAA